AAACGUGACAACUCGAGUUGGCAGUUAGUAAUUAUUCGUGCCUCUCGUGAUUCCUCUCGAUCGAUUUAAAUCAACUCGUAGCUUUUGACUGCGACAAUUUUUCAAAGCUAAAGUGAAAAUCAACAAUGUUGUUCGUUCGUGCAAGCACAGUUCUUGCGUUGUAUUUUGUAGUGGCGGGAAGCUGUGAAACUGACGCCACGAACAAGGAAUCUGUCGACUGUGGUUGCAGCAACAGCAGAGCAACCAUAAAGGAAGAUAAUAAAGAAGGAACGCAAAACUAUUGUUUAGCGAGUAAUUCUGAUGAUUGUUCGAGAAAUAUCAUCGAUCACAAUGAUCUUCCAAAGAACAUGGCCAUGAUAGAAGGGGGAAGAUUUGCGAUCGGAACGAACGAUCCAGUUUUCGUAGCUGACGGCGAAGCGCCGAAACGAGAAAUACAUCUCGAUAGUUUUUAUAUAGACGAGUUGGAAGUGAGCAACCAUGAUUUUGCUAAGUUUGUCAAUGCGACCGACUAUCGAACAGAAGCAGAAAAGUUUGGAGAUUCGUUUGUAUUCGAGGGACUAUUACAGGAAGAACUUCGGGCAAACGCAUCGGCUGCUGUUGCUCGGGCCCCUUGGUGGCUGCAAAUAAAAAAUGCAACCUGGCAGCGUCCGGAAGGCCCUCGUUCCGAUAUAACGUAUAGAAUGGAUCACCCUGUUGUCCAUGUGUCGUGGAACGACGCUGUCGCCUAUUGUAAGUGGUUAGGUAAACGAUUACCUACCGAAGCUGAAUGGGAAGUGGCAUGUCGGGGAGGGCUUUCCGAUAGAUUGUACCCGUGGGGAAAUAAAUUAACCCCGAAUGAUCAAUACAGGGCAAACACGUGGCAGGGUGAUUUUCCGAGCAUUAAUUCCAAAGAAGAUGGGUACGAGGGUACUUCACCUGUUACAGAAUUCCCGCGAAACAAAUAUGGCUUACGUAAUAUGGUAGGGAACGUUUGGGAGUGGACUUCCGAUUGGUGGAGCGUCCAAGUUACGAAUCGUGGAGGAUCCAACAAUCCCGCUGGUCCAUCUCAUGGUACAGACAAAGUAAAAAAAGGUGGUUCUUAUUUGUGUCACGAGAGUUAUUGUUUUAGAUACAGAUGUGCGGCGCGAAGUCAAAAUACACCCGAUACAUCAGCUGGAAAUCUUGGUUUCCGAUGCGCUGUGUCCGUUUAAUUUCAUUAAUCUGUUUGUUAUGAUUUUUAUCACGAACGUUGAAAUAAAAAAAAAAUCAUAUUACAUAUUUAUAUUCCAUAA